CCAAGGAAAAUAUCCAGGAAAUGAAGAAAGAACUUGAUUCGCUUUUGCAAACCGCUGAGAAGGCCUUUAUGGUGGAGUUGCUGAAGGUGCCCGUUGCCCUCCGGAAAAUGAAAAGGAAGGACCUGCUCAAUUUGCAAGGAGGGGAGGAAGUAGCUCUUGCUGCUGCAGUGACUGACUGCUCUCUAGAAGACAUACCAAAUCCAAAACCAGUGAGGACCAACAGCAGAAAAGUUAAGGUAACUACAAUUGUUGAAUAUGAAGAUGCCAAGCAUACGUCUGCGAAGAAGAUGCCUAAAAAAGUUUCGAAAACAAAGUCAUUGGUUUCAUUGGCCUCUGGUUUAAAUAGCAAACGGAACGCUCUUACUAGGUCUGCUCACUCUUCUUCAAGUGUGACUGAGGCCAUUAAGUCUCUUGCUUAUGACUGCAAUGCCACAAACUUCAAAGACAUGCAAAAGGUAUCUAAAAGUGCUGGACUACAACACAGUGUCUCAAGAAUGGGACCUACCAGUGGAAGAGUUCAAGACACAUUACUAAGAAGUGAAUCAGUACCCCGAGCUAAAACUGUUCCAUUUGUAAACAUUCCCCUGGCUGAUGGACAGACGCUCUGUACAGCUGGUGGAGACCUCCGUAAUAUUGAUGUGCAACUGCUAAAUCAAGAUACAGUACAGCAUAUUCAUAACUUAGUGAGUGAGCUGACUGUACUAUGUGGAAAGGCAACAGCUAAACCGAGUUAA